ACUCGCGAUGGUUGGAUCCAUCUCUUCUUGCCAACCUAAGAGAAGAUCGUAGAUUUGGAGGUGGGGCGGAAGGCGGCAGUUUCGGGGCGCGGGGUGGGCUCAGGGCGGAGCUGAGGAGACGGCGGAGGCGGAAGCGGCGGCCUGAGGGGCGGGGAAGGGGCUGGCCCCGGAAGGCGGAGGAAAACCUGAAAAGAAAACAGCAACAAGCAGAGCUGCUGUGACAGAAGGAAACAAAAUGGCGGCGUCGAAGGGGAGCCUCUGGGUCAGGGCCCAACUGGGGCUCCCGCCGCUGCUGCUGCUGACCAUGGCCCUGGCCGGAGGCUCGGGGACCGCUUCGGCUGAAGCGUUUGACUCGAUCUUGGGUGAUACGGCGUCUUGUCACCGGGCCUGUCAGUUGACCUUCCCCUUGCAUACCUACCCCAAGGAAGAGGAGUUGUAUGCAUGUCAGAGAGGUUGCAGGCUGUUUUCAAUUUGUCAAUUUGUGGAUGAUGGAAUUGAUUUAAAUCGGACCAAAAUGGAAUGUGAAUCUGCAUGUACAGAAGCAUAUUCCCAAUCUGAUGAGCAAUAUGCUUGCCAUCUUGGUUGCCAGAAUCAGCUGCCAUUCGCUGAACUGAGACAAGAACAACUCAUGUCCCUGAUGCCAAAAAUGCAUCUACUUUUCCCUCUAACUCUGGUAAGGUCAUUCUGGAGCGACAUGAUGGACUCUGCACAGAGCUUCAUAACCUCUUCCUGGACUUUCUAUCUUCAAGCUGAUGAUGGAAAAAUAGUGAUAUUCCAGUCUAAGCCAGAAAUCCAGUAUGCACCACAGUUGGAGCAAGAGCCUACAAAUUUGAAAGAAUCGUCGCUAAGCAAAAUGUCCUAUCUGCAAAUGAGAAGUUCUCAAACACAUAGGAACUAUCUUGAAGAUGGAGAAAGUGAUGGCUUUUUAAGAUGUCUCUCUCUUAACUCUGGAUGGAUUUUAACCACGACUCUCGUCCUCUCGGUGAUGGUACUGCUCUGGAUUUGUUGUGCAACUGUUGCCACGGCUGUGGAGCAGUACGUUCCCUCUGAGAAGCUGAGUAUCUAUGGUGACUUGGAAUUUGUGAACGAACAAAAGCUAAACAGAUAUCCAGCUUCCUCUCUUGUGGUUGUUAGAUCUAAAGCUGAAGACCAUGAAGAAGCAGGGCCUCUACCUGCAAAAGUGAAUCUUGCUCAUUCAGAAAUCUAAGCUUUUUUUUUUUCUUUUUUAAAGUAAAGGGUAAUAGACAUCUAAAUUUCCCUUCCUCAUAGAGCUUUUAAAAAUGGUUUCAUUGGAUAUAGGGCUUAAAAAUCACUAUAAACUGCAAAUAAAGUUACCCAGAUCUGUGAAGACUGUAUUUGCUGUAACUUUAUCUGUAAUUUCUUUUCUAGUAAUUUAAGAGACAGAUAUUUGAGAUUGCAUUUUUAUUUUACUAAUAUCUGUAGCUAUUUUAUUAUUUACAUUGUUUUGUUGUUUUUUUUUUCUUAGCCAAAUUGUGUGAGUUGAUCAUUGCUCUUCCCCUCCUCCUACCAUGAUAGUAUCUGUCGUCUUAGUUAAUAAACUGAAUACUCGGUAGGAUUUGAUGCUUCGGCUCAGAAAUGGCCCACAAGCUGUAUUUUGAAAUUUAGCAGGAAAUGCCCUUUAUGACACUACAUUUUCAGUUGUAUUGACUGAAAUCAUUAAAAUUUUAUUUGAAUAA